GUUAGUGAGAUUGGAGACUUGGAGACCAGUGGUUGUGUACUACGAAUACCAUGUCGAAAGAAAGAAUCAUCCUUAGCUGAACGUUAAUAGUACUCGUAAAGCGGUCAGCAGCCAGUUUCUCGACGGAGACCCCUGGUACGCGUUAACAAGCAGAUUUGAUUUUGGCCAUUCAACUAAACCGCAUUGCCACUCACUCUGGGCUGUAUUAUUGAAUCAAAGAUUCGAUGGGAAAGAUCUGACGUUACGGCCAACUCUUGCGGCACAAGGAAUUCAUGGGACGGGCCAAGUGUAUUCAACAUACUUUGAAGGCAUUUCCACAAAACUGGAAUAUGUGUAGGUAACUGUCAAGCGAGGCGAUCGAACGAGUUUGGCACACAUCGUCAUUAAGAGCCAGCCAGAGCCCUGGAGAAAACCUCAACCACAAAUUUCAAUGACGGGAGUUACAUUGGUGACCAAGCGAACCGAAGACUGACAUCGUUCAUUCAAUCAUGAAGGCUGUUACCCCAGUUAACUAAUUUGGAUAGAUCAAUUUCACGGGACCCAAUCCACUCCAAGCUAAACGUGUGGAGUACUUGUGCUGGUGUUGGCUUCAAAUUGUCUUGCUAUCGGUCCAAAUUGAGAUAUUGUGGCAAAUUUCAAUGCUAACCGCUACGUGUUGCGAAGACAAUGGCUGAAUUGAAGUCUUUUAUGCAUCAAUGGUUGAGUGCUGACUUGAACAACUUGGAGUAGGAGUUGUUGGGAAUGAGUUUGAGCUACGAUUGGUUAAUGUGAAGUGAUGAUGCCGUCCGAGGAAUGACGAUUCAAUUCAUACCUUUGAAUUUAGCCAGAAUAUGAGAAGCCCAACCAUUGUAAUGGUUCUCUUGAGUUUGGUACAAUGGAAUCAGUCAACAUUGGGUCAGGAUGCUCCUCCCAUUGACCGUUGUGGUCUUGAGGCCAGACAAUUGAGGACGCUGGACAAAAUUGAGUCCAUUAUCGAGGCCAAACUGGAAUUGAUCCGUGAGUUGAUCAACAAAUCACGGAGAGAUGUCACUCAAAUGAAGGCCAAGGCCUACAAUCAAGGCCAAAUUUACAACCUACUCUUCCUUGGGGCUUGGGUGAUUGAGAUCGUUGGGGAUUGGGUGACAAACAAUCGGACCUUCGACGAUUUUAAUGGACAAGAAGACAUGGUCUUAUCCAAUUAUGGCAUGACCUUUAGUUUGGGCGUCGCUGACCAGGCCUCAGCCAUUUUUGGUGGAUUAUCCAAUCCGGCUGAUACGAGGAACUGCUUUUUUGUUGAAGAUUUUAUGACAAUUGCCAAUGCGUUCCAAGGCCUCAAGCUUCGGACUUGUGAAAAGAGUUUUGACGAUCGGGCCUCGGAUUUUGAGAUCAUCCUUAAAGCCAAGAUGUCGUGCAUCUUGGACAGUUUGGAAGACUCUUCAGCGGAAUUGCGCUGGAUUUUGGACGAGUUUCUAACGGGUGUGUCUCUUCGAAAUCAGAUUCUGGAUGAAUCAUAACAAAGUGUGGAAGGGUCGGAGAAAAGUGAGGACGAUUCAGAGGAAAGUGAAAUAGAAGCAGACGACAACGAUAAAAAAGACGAGCAAUCUCAAGUACGAUGACGAAUGUCUAGUGUCGUAUGAGUGCAACAAGUACAAAGCCUAAUGAAAUAUAUAUUUUGAAAUG